AUGAACCCUCUCCACAAGCUGGCGCACGAGACCAUCCCCGAGUACCUCUACGGCAUCCGUGCCCCCUUCCUCUUCUGCAUCAUAGCGCUCUGGCUCACCGCCACGCUCUACAUCCACUCACUGCUCUAUCGCAUGGAUGCUGCGCAUCCGCUCGCACCUACUUACCACCAGGGCCUCACACUCAUCGACGUCAAGGCGCUGCUCGCCGGCAGCCGCAGGAUGCUCUCACUAUACGGUGAUGUCGAUUACUUUGACGAUGACUUUCACUCAUGA